AGCAGCGGCCGGAGUACACGACGACGCUCGAGCUAGUGCAGCGAGUGCUCAUGAUGCUGCUGCUAUUCCUCAUCCUCUUCGCGAUGGGAUGCACGAUCACGCUCGCCGACGUCGUCGUCAAUCUCCGCCGACCGUACCGUCUGCGUCGGUCUGACGUCACAGUUCGUCGUGCUGCCGCUGGCGGCGUUCGGAUUCGCUCAUCUCAUGCAGUUGCCACCGCACAAGCCAUCGGCAUGUUAGUGAUGGCUUGCACACCAGGUGGCGCUAUGUCUAACAUGUUUACCUACUGGACGGACGGUGACAUUGCCCUGAGCAUCUGCAUAACGACGGUGUCGACCCUGGUGGCGAUCGGCAUGAUGCCGCUCAACCUGUUUCUCUACACGCGCAGCUGGACAGACAAGAGAGCAGUCAUUCCUUACGGCAACCUCGCUCUCGCCCUCGUCAUCAUCACCGUGCCCGUUGCCAUGGGGAUGCUGCUGCGAUGGAGGCGCCACCUGCUGGCGCAAUCAGUCAGCAAGGUGUUCAGCAUUGUCAGUCUCGUCGGCGUUGCCUGCUCCCUCGCCCUGCAGGUCGUCAUCUUCCCGCAGAUGUUCCGCGCCGCGUGGAGCGUCUACGUCGCCGCCUUCACGCUCUCGCUGCUCGGACUCACGUUCGGCUUCACGCUGGCCGCUAUAUGCAGGUUGAGCUGGCCGCGCUGCCGCACCGUGUCGCUGGAGACGGCCGUGCAGAACGUGCCGCUGUGUCUGACCGUCAUCAUGCUGACGUUCCCGCGCGAGUUCGCGAACGAGGCGCUGCUCUUCCCCUGCCUGUACGCGCUUGCCUCGCUGCUCUACCCGCUCACACUCGUCUGCGUGUGGAACGCCUACUACUACGGCCGCUGCCGACCCGGCGGCAAGGCGCGUGCGCACGAGAGGCUGCCGCUGGACGACGUCGGUGCCGGUCGGCUGGCAGACGACAACGACGACGACAAGACGCUCGCGUGAGGCAGCGAUCGCACGAGCGCGCGCGACCUGGUUUACGGUCGACGAGGCGUGACGUCACGCGCAGUGAGAGGUGACGUCAGGAUGGCCGACGAGUCGUGACGUCACGUGCAGCAGGAG